CUAUGCGUUUGAAUGACUGCGGCGCUUAUCUACUUUGUGUGUGCGAUUGUCUUAUCUCGCGACAACAUUCCGUCGCGAGAGAAAUGUGCAAUGUCCAGCGAGCGAAGCACUGCUAUCAUAGAUAUAUAUAUGGAGUGAGAUCAAGCUUCCACUCUUCAGAUUCCCACAAUUCCCAUUGAGGAAAUGGCUUCCAAAUCCACCUCUAAUAGAUUUUCUGGCUGCGGGACGUGUCGAAGAAGGAAAGUCAAGUGCUCAAACGAGAGGCCAAUCUGCAGCAGAUGUGCCAAAGCAGGUGUUGAUUGUGAGGGCUUUGACAUCAAGCUGAGUUGGAAUGAUCCCGUAAAGUACGAUAAGUUCGGCAAUGUGAUACACAGCAAGCGCAAAAGUGGAUGCAGUGAUUCGAUCAGCAGAAGGCACAUCCCACGCACUCCAUUCAGAAGGCCUUAUCGCUCCUUCGAGGAGAUGGACAAUGAUCUGGGAUUACUGGGAAUGCUGGUGAGCUCUACUGUUAUCGAUGGUAGAACGAUACUGCGAGGCCCAUUUGGUCUCUUCCACUCUAAGCCAACAUGUGAGCUGGCACCUAUUGAUAGCCCCUCCGGGUUCACGCCAUUGAUAAACCGUGCAACGGAAUACUACGGAGACGGUGCUGCUGGUGAUUUUGCUAGUGAUAAUCCCAGGGACCUUGCAGCCACUGAUCUGGAAAGUAUAGCACUUACCACGGCAGAGAGGAUAAUCGAGCGAGUACAUGAUGAUGAGAUGGAAAGGCAUUUGAGUUUUGUUCAAACCUGUGGCAGAAACGAUUCCAUUCAUAUAUCAUCGUUGUUCAAUGAUUUAAUCGCUUAUUAUAAAGAUACGCUUUCGACGAAGAUGCUGACUGUCGGAUUCAAAACGAAUCCUUGGACAACACUGUUCCUGCCCAAAGCAUUGCUCUGCAUUGGAGGAGAAGUCACUUGCACUGAAACACCAUCUUCCAGAUGGUCUCUCUUAUAUGCCAUAUUAUCAAUCUCCUGUUUCAGACUGCAAAGUGAGUGCAAGAAGAAUUCUAGUGAGAUGUCAUUCUUCCUCAACCUAGGGGUUAGGUUCAGACUGAAGGCUUCAACGUAUCUUCGAGACGUUUUAGAUAACCUUGAGAAGGAAAAGUAUAAAGAUGUCAUCUGUGCACUGUUGUCAAUGAGCUCCAUCGAUGUGGUUUGGGGGAUAAUGGCUGAUUGUCAGUACCAUAUAGGUAUAUGUGAAGAUCUCGCUUUCCAGAGAUACCAGAAUCGUCCCAGACUAAGUAAGAAGGCCCUGGUGUUGAGUCGUGUGAUCACCUUCAUGAAGUACAUUAGUGACUCUACAAAUACCGAAUCUACGAAUGGAUACAACAACUGUUCUGUCGAUGCUAAUUUUGCCAAAAACUUUUUGAGCAAGGUUGAAGAGGGAGAGGUCUACCAAGAAAGUUUGAAUGAGAGAGGAUUGGUAGAGUUUGUACGGACUGAAGGAUCUUUUACUCAGUCUGAACCACAAUUUCUGCAAAUAGCUACCGAUGGUGAUAACAUCAAUUUCACCUUUGAAACGCUCUAUGCCCUACCUAACAGUUUCAAUUAUCUGUUCCAAACGGUCGUCAGGCUCUAUAAAAUCAAGCAGUUCCUUGAUAAUAACAAGAGAAAUGGCAGAACUGCUACAGAUGACUUGGAACAGCAGUUCAAAUUGAAGUGCAUGGAGUUGGAAGAAAGACUACUCAAUUGGAAAAUGGAAUGGAAACUCGUGGAUUAUCAGGGAAUCUGUUCGAAUGAAGACCAGGAAAGCUUGCCGUUUAUUUCCCCCUUGCAUGCUUGUGUUUUCCAUUCAAUCAUGAGUCGUUAUACCAGUUUACUCAUCUAUUACUUCAAGAUAAUAAGGAAUUAUUCGGAUAUUCAUUUACAAAGCUACUGUGAAUCGACUUAUCGCCAUUUGGAAAAGAUGGCAGAACUACGUCGGUCCCACAAUAUAUCGCUAUUGAGUACAUCUUGGCCUGCCUUUAUUGCUGGAUGUUCAUGUUUGGAUGUCAAUUUACAAACGAAAUUCAAAGCAUGGUUUGAAGAUUUAAGUAACAUUGGCAUGGGAUCUUACUGGGGAACAAGAAAGAUAAUAUUUGAAGUUUGGAGAAGACGCAAGGCUGGUGAAAAGAACGAUGACUGGAUGAGUGUACAUAGAGAAUGGGAAACAGGACUCAUGCUGAGUUAAUGUUCCAUACAACACGAAGAGAUAAAGCUCUCGUACGACACAAGUUGAUCUGUAGUGCUUCGGUACGGUAGAGGCGAUCGGGACCUUUGCUAACGCUGCGGUAAAUCUCGAAUCGCCGCUACCUGGGAUGCGCGGCCCGUCGGGUCUUUGCUUUGAUUCCUCGUCUCUCGUUUGAUAGGAUGAUGAUUGUGAAACCAACGAAAUCAACGCGCAAAGAGUUUCCUAAAACUGUAG